AUGGCAUUACCGGAGAACGAGCAUUAUGGGGAUUGUAUUGAGCCCAUCGCCAUUGUGGGAAUAUCAUGUCGUUUUCCAGGCGAUGUUUCCUCACCUUCGCAAUUCUGGGACAUGCUGGUCCAUCAGCGUUCUGGACAUGGCGAAGUCCCUGCAGGACGCUUUGAUACCAAUGUCUGGCAGCAUCCCGAUUACGAUCGCAGAGGAGCGGUCCAGCCGAAAAGCGGGUUCUUUCUACACAACGACAUCUCGCUUUUCGAUGCACCAUUUUUCUCCAUCACUGCGAAAGAGGCAAUGGGAAUGGAUCCAAUGCAGCGACAGAUCCUGGAGGUAGCAUAUGAAUGCUUUGAAAAUGCCGGUGUGCCUUUGGAGAACCUCGUGGGCAGUAUGACAUCGGUCUAUACAGGCGUCAUGACCAAUGACUACGAACGCAUUAGCCAGUCAGACAUAUUCAACCUGCCACAGAAUGCAGCAUCUGGGACAAGCCGCGCCAUGUUGUCAAACCGUCUGUCCUGGUUUUUCAACCUGACCGGUCCGAGCUUGACGCUUGACACGGCGUGUUCCUCGAGUUUAUACGCACUUCACCUAGCAUGUCAAUCCCUCAGGCUACGAGAAUCCCAACAGGCUCUGGUAGCUGGUGUCAAUCUUAUCCUCCACCCGAACUUCAUUUCUCAGCUCUCAUCCAUGCACAUGUUGAGCCCUGACGGCAUCAGUCACUCCUUCGAUGAGAGAGCAAAUGGCUAUGCACGUGGUGAGGCCAUCGGCGCCAUUCUCAUAAAGCCAUUGUCCAAGGCCCUCGCCGAUGGUGACACUAUUCGGGCCGUCAUUCGAGGCAGUGGUGCCAACCAGGACGGGAAGACGCCAGGCAUUACCAUGCCGAGCAAAGACGCUCAGUCUAGGCUUAUCAAUUUCACGUAUUCCACUGCCGGACUAUCGACCGCACAAACAACCUAUUUUGAGGCACAUGGAACAGGGACAAAGAUAGGAGAUCCCAUUGAGCUCUCGGCUAUCGGUGCCAGUUUUGGCAUUGACCGUACCAAUGACGAUCCCCUUUACGUCGGCAGUGUCAAGACAAAUGUAGGUCAUACUGAAGGCAUGGCUGGCCUCGCUGGUGUGAUCAAGACAGUUCUGAGCUUGGAGAAUGCGAUCAUCCCCGGUCUAGUGGGAUUCAAGAGUCUGAAUUCGAAGCUCCUGCUCGAAAGUUGGAAACUCGCCCUGCCACUUGAAUCCAUGCCCUGGCCAUCCGACGGUCUUCGCCGUGCAAGUGUCAACAGCUUCGGCUUCGGAGGCGCAAACGCGCAUGUGAUUCUCGACGACGCCUGCCACUAUCUCAAAAGCCGGGGACUUGAAGGCCGCCACUGUACUCGGGAGAAUCCCCCAUUAUCAGGCGAGGUAUACUCUUCAAAAGGGGCUGAUUUCGAACAGAAUGGCUCGGGAGACUUCAAAUUACUGCUAUUCUCUACCCAGGAUCAAAAUGGACUGGACCGUCUGUCGAAAAGCCUGGGCAAGUACCUUUUGGAAGAUUCUUCGAAUGGAAGACGACCUCAUAUCGACUUGGAUGAUCUCGCAUAUACAUUGGCAUACCGCCGAUCCCACUUUGGCAUCCGAUCAUUUGCCGUCAGCCGUACGGUGAACGAACUCGCCACUGAUGGACUGAAUCAACUGUCAAGUCUCAAGCAGAAACGACAGGGACAGCCGGAAAACAUCAUAUUCGUCUUCACUGGGCAAGGAGCACAGUGGCCCUUGAUGGGCCGUGAGCUGCUAAAGUACCCAACCUUUUGCGGAAGCAUGGCGAAAAGCCAGUCGUAUCUGGAUGAACUCGGAUGUUCUUGGAAUGCCGCCGAUCUUCUCCGCGACCCGGGCCCAAGAAUCAAUCUCGCGGAACAUUGCCAGCCAGUCUGUACCAUUCUCCAGAUCGCGCUGGUUGAUUUACUCGCGUCCUGGGGUGUUAAUCCCCGUGCUACAAUCGGUCACUCUAGCGGCGAAAUAGGGGCUGCCUACGCUGCCGGUGGCAUUUGCCACAAAGACGCGGUGAGGAUAUCCUACAUGCGAGGGUACUAUUGUGGCCAAAUUCAAUCGCGUUUGAAAGAGAAACGAGGAGCAAUGUUGGCUGCUGGGCUGACUGUGCAAGAGGCACAGCGGUACCUCCAAGAAGUUGCCGAAGACUCUGUCGUUAUCGGCUGCAUGAACAGUCCGUCGAGUGUGACCCUCUCAGGCGAUGUUCAAGCCAUCUCGUACCUGGAAGAACGAAUUAAGUUAGACGGGAAAUUUGCCCGCAAACUCCGGGUCGAGGUUGCAUACCAUUCACCUCAUAUGCAGGCGGUUGCUCAAGACUUCCUGGAGUCGCUCAAUGCCAUCGAGCCUACGAGCGCUUUCCGAGUCCCGAUGUUCUCUUCUGUCACCACCAAACAGUUGGACACACCCAACCGGGUGAAUGCUAGCUACUGGGUUACGAACAUGGUCUCCGCCGUGCGAUUUUCCGAAGCCAUGGACAAUCUUCUUGCGUUUUCAUAUCUUGGCUCCAAGGGAAAGAAAAAGAAACCGGUCAAUUGGUGCGCCGCAGUUGAGAUCGGACCUCACGAGGCUCUCAAGGGCCCUUUCCAACAAUGUGUUUCGGCAGCUGGAAGCAAGAAAGCAAGUGCUCUGAUUCCAUACACUUCCGUGCUACGUCGAGGGGAACCAGCCGACAAAUCAGCUACAGAAGCGGCAGGGUUACUUUGGGCGCUCGGCCAUCCUAUUGAUGUCCUCAGCGUGAACAAUAUGGAUCCAGCCCACAGCAAAGCAUUGAGUACUCUCGGCCACCUACCGCCCUACCCGUGGCAGCACAACAGGGGCUUCUGGCAUGAAUCCAGUAGUUCGGCGGCCAUCAGGUUGAUCACUCAGCCUCGGACAGACCUUCUGGGCAUUCCGACUGAGAACCAAAAUCCACACGAACCGCAGUGGAAGAAUUUCUUGCGGCUGUCAGAGAACCCGUGGAUGAAAGACCAUGCCAUCACAGGCACUAUCUUGUAUCCUGCGGCAGGUAUGCUGAUCAUGGCUCUCGAGGCUGUCUUGCAGAUAGCUGCGGCACGGCAGCAUAUGGUACUUGGAAUUGAGUUCCAUGACGUCCGUUUCGAACGCGGCUUGGUGGUGCCAGAUUCUGACGAAGCGGUGGAAACAAACGUGAGCCUGAGGCCUCACGAGACAUUGGAUUCAUGGUUCCACUGGACGAUUUACUCUCGCGACAGCGACGCAACAUGGAAGAGGCACGCCUUCGGCCUGCUCUCGCUGGUCCCUGACGAGGAACAAGCAGGCGGAAGAGGCGAUGAUUCCGAGUGGCAGCAUGAGAGAGCUAAGUUCGAAUCGAUCAAAGCAGCGGCGAACGUCACGAUUGACCCAAAAUCUUUCUACACGCAACUGGCAGACGUCGGUAUGGGCUAUGGUCCAGCUUUUGCCAAUCUAAACAUCGCCGCUGCGAUAGAAAGUAGGCGGAUUGGUCAUGGCAUCGUCGCAAUUCCAGACACCAAAUUAUCCAUGCCAUCCGGCCACGAGUAUCCCCACGUGAUUCAUCCCGCGACUUUAGAUGCCAUAUUCCAUCUCAUAUUUGUGGCACUUUUCGAAGGAAAUCCCAUGAGCGACGCUGCUGUCCCGGUCAGCAUUGAGAAUAUGUUCGUCGCGCUUUCUCAGCCAGUGCGUGCUGGCGAGGAGUUCGUGGGCUACGCAACUGCCCGAAAGAUCGACGAGAGAGACUCCUCUGGGGAUCUGAUUGUGUCGGACAAGUCCUGGUCAGGGCCAAAGGUCACGCUGAACAACUUGAUUGUACGCAAAGUUUCCUCCUCGGCGGCCACCAAAGUCAGCAGUGACGGGCCACAGACGACCAUGCUGCCAAAGCGGAUCUCCGAACUACACUGGAUGGAAGACAUCGACCUUCUAAACCUGGCGAGGUCCAAUGCACUGGUCGAAAGAGAUUUCAAAACCUAUCAAGGCCCUGCCAUGGCUUCCAUCGUCGCAAAAGCAGCAGCGUGGCUGGAUUUGGCAUGCUUCAAACGCGCUGAUCUCAAGGUUGUUGCUGUCGCCGAGACUGUUCGGUCUGCGGAUUUGCUCGUCGACCUCCUGUCCGCAUUUGCCCCAAUAGCAGGAGUUGAAAGGCGACUGGCACAAGUCUCCAUCGCAGCGGCAACUCCUGAGGUCCAUAGGUAUCUGGAAAGCCAUCCCAAACUCAAGGAUGCGAACGUGAUGGCUGUACAAAUCACUUCAUGGCUUGAAACGGGAGAACACAGCAACCUGGUCAUUUUUGUCCAUGAUACCACCGACCCCGUCCAGCGAGAUCACCUUGAACAAGGGAUCUCACAGCUCGCAGCUGGUGCCAAGCUGAUGCUCCUUUGUGACGAUGCCGAUGCCACUACUUUGGAACGUAGUCUGGAAGGAUACGGCUUGAACAAGACUCUAUUAAAAUUGAGUGACAACGCCGGUUGUGUGCUGGUUAGCAGCACCUCUUCUCGCGAGGCUCCUCGAGAGAACGAAGUGGUUUAUAUUCUUGAGCCAGCGAAUGCAUCUACACGGCUUAUUCGGUUCCGGCAGCUCUUGAGCGCCACCUUUGCAGCCCAGGGCAUCACUCUGGUCACCAAGGCUCUUGGUGAAAUAGGUGACCAAGCCGGACAGAAGUGGAUUUCGCUUCUGGACAUCGAAGAGCCACUUGUCCUGAACUGGGCGGAAGCUCAAUUUGAUCAAUUCCGACAGCUGGCCCUUUCCCAGGCGUACGUCCUCUGGCUGACCAGGGGUGGCAUCCUCGACCGAGGCAGACCAUCGGUGCAGUUUGCCCCGACAACCGGUCUGCUUCGGACGAUCAGGACGGAAAUUCCCCAGAUCGCUAUUCCUCACCUGGACCUCUCGCCAUCCAUCGACCUUGAAAAAGCAUCUACAUCGGCGCUUGUAUGGGGUGUCUUCGCCGCGACCCUGCACCCGGACUUUUCUGUCCGUGAAGGUGCCGAGACCGAGUUUACCGAGCGGAACGGGUCGCUUUUUGUUCCUAGGAUCUUCGGGAACAAGACCUUGGAUGGAGAAGUCAAUGCCCAUGCAGAACGACCCACCCCUGUUCUAGCUCCAGCAUCAGAACAGCAAGGAAGACCCUUGAAACUCGUCAGCCUUGACUCGACAAAUUCUACCAGCCAAUUGCACUGGGAAGACGACCCGAUUGCCUUGGCCCCAAUUGCGGACGAUGAGAUAGAGAUUGAGAUCAAGUACUUUUCCAUCGACUCGUCAGAGCUGGGCGUCCCGAAUGACACCGCACAGCAUACAGCAAGAGGCCGUGUUGGGACCGGUGUUGUCGCCCGUACUGGAGCAGAUGUUGUUGGCCUUCUGGUCGGUGACGAGGCCAUUUUCCUCAGUCCUCGCAGUGGUGCAUUCAGGACACAUGUACGUCAACACCAAUGCUUGGUGUGCAAACUUCCAGAGGGCCUCACGUCCCGGGAGGUGCCUCGCCUAUUGAGUUCGGCCAUGGGUGCGUACCAUUCCCUGCAUAACAUCGCCCGUGUGGCAGCUGGCCAGAGUGUUCUUGUCAGUGUUGGAAACCAAGCGCUCCGAAUCGCCAUUAUUCAGAUCGCAAGACACAAUUCUUGCAAAGUGUUUGUUGCAGUGACAUCCAGAGCAGAACGAGACAUACUAAUGCGCCAGUAUCAAGUCUCUGAAACACGUAUCUUCGACACCUCAGCUAGAGACUUGGUGCGCUCCUUGAUGAAAGCAACUGGCGGACAAGGCUUUCACGUUGUCAUCAAUGACCAGACUGGACCGUCUCGUCGCCAGGCGAGUCGCUGUGUCGCCGAGUCGGGUCAUUUCAUCGACUUGAGCGUGAAGCUUGAACUGACUGAUAUCAGCUCACACGCGUUCGAUAAAAAUGCUAGCUUCUCAUGGGUGGAUUUGGGGCGAGUGGGAGAGGCAAACCUGGCGAGUCUCUUCAAGGCCACCCUUCCACUCAUUUGUUCGGUCAUCCGGUUGCAAAUUCCUGCACCCGUCUUCUCCGUUGACAAGCUGGAAAACGCGUGGAGCACGUUGAGGGACACGCCGGGCUCUAGUGCCACCAUCCACUUUGACAAAAAUGCCAUGAUAUCUGUGACUCCUCGCCGACCCUUGUCGCUGUCAUUGGAACCCACGGCAACUUACAUCAUCGCAGGAGGUCUUGGAGCGUUGGGGCUCACAAUUGCUGAAAAUAUGGUGACUCACGGAGCUCGACAUUUGGUCCUGCUGUCCCGGUCCGGAAUGACCAAUACACGUCAAGAGAAUGCCGUUCACCAACUGAUACAACGCGGGUGUCGAGUUGACACGGUGAGCUGCGACGUUGUUGAUCGCGAGCAAGUCAUGAACGUCGCCAAACUAGGCCGGGAGAAGCUCUGGUCUAUCAGAGGCUUGAUCCAGUGCGCCAUGGUUCUCAAGGACAGUAUCUUUGAGAACAUGACUUUCGACAAAUGGAUGGGGGCGACGCAGCCGAAGAUCAAAGGCAGCUGGAAUCUGCAUGACUGUCUGCCUAAAGAGCUCGACUUCUUCAUCAUGCUCUCGUCCAUGUCUGGGAUUAUAGGCAACGCCGCGCAGGCCAACUAUGCGGCCGGUAAUACGUAUGAGGAUGCUUUGGCGCACUACCGUCGCGCACAGGGCCUCGCGGCCACGACACUCGACGUGGGUCUCGUCACUGAUGCGAGCCACUUCGACGCCGACGCCACCAUCGAGGACUAUCUCAAGCGGUACAGCCAUUGGACAUCGGCACUUGUGACAGACCGGGAAAUGCAGAUCAUGAUCGAGGCUGUGAUGCGCGAGGCAAGGAUGGCCAAAGCACACACUGAGUCUCCGACUCCGAUUCAACCUCUACCAGCCCAACUCCUCGUCGGCCUGAACGGCUCGGUUCCGCGCGGCUCGGAAAGCCUGAACCCGUGGUCUAAGGAGCGUAAGUUUGACCAUCGCAUCUGCAGGGCCUCUGGCAGUCGUUCGGACUCGAAUGCCGGUGGUCCAACCCAAAGCCUGGAGUCACAGCUUCAAAAGGCUAGCAGCGGCACAGAGGCGGUAGCUCUUGUCGAGACUGCACUGCGCACGCAUCUCGCUGCAGCCAUGACGGCCAUGCCGGAAGAUAUCGACGGUGACAAGCCACUGUACGCGCUCGGCGUGGACUCUUUGAAGGCCAUCGAGGUGCGGAAUUGGGUGUUUAAGGAGCUGAAAUGUGACGUGUCUGUGUUUGAGGUGCUUUCCCCAGUUCCACUGGCGCAGUUGGCUGUCAAGCUGGCAAAGAAGAGUGCACUGGUUCCGACGGAUUUGAUUGCCAUGAUGGAGGAGUAG